AGUGGUCAGACUUAAGGAGUUUAGAGUGAUAGUGAUUUAUAGCGUAUUUCGAAAGUUGAAAGUUGAAACCGCGUUAGUCGCCAAAAUGCCUAAAUUGACAGCCCACCUAAGAGAGCCGAAACAAUGGCAAUAGUCAGCCUACCCAGACCUCCUCAAUUAAGUGCUUUUCACGUGCAUUAAUACUAUCACGAUUGCGAAACUGCCAGAAAAUCCGUUACAAACAUUAACAAAUUCUGACAUUGUGCCAUUAACCCGAAUGAAGCAUAAAGCAUUCCCAGCAGCUGAAUUGGACACCAAAGUGCGUUCAGUCUGGCUGUGUAUGCUCACCUGGUAUUUGCUUCCGAUAUGCAUACUUUAAUCGACACCUACGCUUUUCAAUUGAACAAAUAUCGGACGCUCUAUAAAACAGUCGAGACACUGAGUGAAAUUCGAAAGGUUCUGUCUGGUCAUGAUCGCGGUGUGGAUUAUAGUCGUGUUAUGCGGGAGUUUCGCGGAUGUCCAAUCUUCCUCGGAUAAUCCUUUCGAUCCGACCCAUUAUUUGAACCGAGGUUUUUGGGUCUUCGAUAAUUGCUUCUAUACGAAUGCUAAGUGCCCCAAUGAAAAUAUCACCUUCUGGUUAUAUUCAAGAGAAUCCAGAACUGAACCGAAGUCGUUAAACGUGGAAAACCUUCAAUCCAGCGACUUUACUCCAAAGCGUCCACUGACCAUUCUAAUCCAUGGAUACACUGGAAAUCGAGAUGCUUCCCCUAAUACGCAAAUUAGAGAUCCUCUACUGGAUGCCGAUGAUAUCUACGUUCUUUCUGUGGAUUACAGUCCACUAGCUCCGGCACCUUGCUAUCCAUUUGCAGUGGAAAAUGCAAAAUAUAUCGGAAAAUGCAUCGCACAAAUUGUUGAUAAUCUGGUAGCUCCUGGAUUUGUGGAUAUGGACGAUAUCCAUGUGAUUGGAUUCAGUUUGGGAGCUCAGGUUGCUGGUAUAAUUGCGAAUCAUCUGAAGACUGGAAAGCUGAAGUGGAUUACAGGAUUAGAUCCAGCAAAACCGAUUUUCAACUUCUUCAACAACGACGGCAGAUUGGACUCAAGCGAUGCUGAAUUCGUGGAUGUAAUUCACACAGACGUCCUUGAGAGAGGGAUGUUAGCCGUGUCAGGACAUGUGGACUUCUAUCCCAAUGGCGGGACCAAUCAACCUGGCUGUAAGGAACAAACUGAAGCAAGUGUUGGUCAAUGCAAUCAUGAUCGAGCCCCGGAGUUUUACGCAGAAUCGCUGACCUCUUCCACUAAGCAAUUCUGGGGUUAUGCCUGUUACAGUUGGUUCAAUUUUAUGCUAGGAUUGUGUAAAUGGUCACCAACUUCUGAAGUAGAAAUAAUGGGAUAUCGAGUGCCAAAGAACGCAAGCGGUGUGUUUUUCUUGGAAACGAAUCCUAAUCCACCCUUCGCAUUGGGUCCUUAUCCAAAUUCGGCAUCAUCUAAAGAUACAUCACCACCGAGUGGCCAAAUUAUCACAGAAAAUCCAUCUCCAUUAAACGAGCUAAAGUAAAAAUUAUUUAUUCUUGCUCCACUAGAUACUGUUUUAGGCAUUUUUUGGUUUUUUGUUUUUCAAAUUUAAUUUAUUUAUUUAAGUUACAAAAAUAGACUG